CCCACACUCAGCCAUCUUGUGGAAAACGAAGAGAGAGAGAGAGAGCCCAGAGAGAGCCACACAACUCGCAUACAAACCUUGUGCUGUCAGAUCAAGCAGAGAACUUCCAGGAAGAAUGGCCGAAACCCAGACACUUAACUUUGGACCAGAAUGGCUCCGUGCCUUGUCUGGCGGUGGUGGCAGCGGCGGCAGUGGUGGAGGUGGCUGUGCGGUUGCCUCUCCACCCCUCUCACCUGCUUUGCCAAAGUAUAAACUUGCAGACUAUCGCUACGGGAGAGAAGAAAUGUUAGCACUUUAUGUAAAGGAUAACAAGAUCCCUAUAGACCUACACGACAAGGAGUUCCUGCCCAUAUUGCAAGAGGAGCCCUUGCCGCCUCUGGCACUCGUGUCUUUUACAGAGGAGGAACAGAGAAAUUUUUCCAUGUCUGUAAACAGUGCAGCUGUACUUCGGCUGACAGGGCGAGGAGGCGGUCCGAUAGCAGGGGCACCAAGAGGCCGAAGUACCUCAAGGGGUAGAGGCCGGGGAAGAGGAGAUGGAGGGUUUUACCAAAGAAGUUUUGACGAUGUGGAAGGUUUUGGUCGUGGAGGGAGGGAGAUGCAUCGCUCCCAAAGCUGGGAAGAAAGGGGAGAACGGAGGUUUGAAAAGCCAGGUCGAAAAGACCCAGCAGAAGUUGUUCCAGGACAUUUUCAGAUGAAUCACAUCCGAGGCAACUAUGAGGAUGGUGUAACAGGUCUACCGAGGAAGCAUGACUUCACGCGUUCAGAGAGUGAGAACUGGCGUUCUGCUCAGAACGGUGAGGAUGAUGAGGGGGGCUGGCGCCUCGCGGGGUCUCGACGGGACAGUGACCGGUGGUGCCCCCCGAGCCCAGAUGGGCCUCGGUCAGCAGGGUGGCGGGAACACCCAGAUCAGCGCCGUCGUUUCCCAUUUGAUGCGAGAGAAGAUGAGCGCGGUUACCGGAGGCCACGGUCAGGCAGCGGCAGCCUGGAGGACGAGAGGGACAGCCUACCAGAGUGGUGUUUGGAGGAUGCAGACGAGGAGGCGGGCACCUUUGACUCAUCGGGGGCCUUUCUCUCACUCAAGAAAGCCUCCAAGGAGCCAAUCUUGGAGGAGGCAGAGCUUGAAUUCAAACCCUUGGAAGAGUGUGAAGAGGGCCUGGAGGAGGAGGACAGUCCGCCCAGGGAGACCAAAGAUUUGGAAACAGAGGCCAUCAGGCAGGCUGAACGAAAAGAGUUGUCGAGAGCAUCAGAGGAGGCUUUACCUGUGGCUCCACCUGUUGCUCCCCCAGUCUCAGAGCCCCAGCUUCCUGCCCAGUCUCUGUCGCUGAGCCAGCCCAACAGAACAGAAGAGUGUGAGAGGCCCGCUGAACGGCAGCCACCCAUGGAGCUCCCACCAGAGCCCUGCAAAGUCCCCCUGCACGUCCCCAUGUCUAACAGCAUGCUCGAGUCCCUACCCAUCAACCACAUUUCCACCACCCUCGCAGAAGUAUCUGCUCCAUCGCCUAGCGUCCAGCUACCCCAAAAACCCAUGGAGGUUCCUGUGGCAAUGAACAAUCCUUUGCCCUUCUCUUCAAAUUUAAUGGCACCUAUUGGCAGGCCCACUGCUGUGCCACACGACACAGAUGAAGACGAGGGACUGAAACACUUUGAGCAGGAGGCAGAAAAGAUGGUAGCAUACCUACAGGAUGGUGUGGUGGAUGACGACAGACUUACAGCAAAGACUUCAGAGAAGCCCAAACCUGCAGGCCUGCCGCUCACCCACGAGGCUGCUCUCAAGUGGUUCUACAAAGACCCCCAAGGAGAGAUACAGGGUCCAUUCAGUAACCAGGAGAUGGCUGAGUGGUUCCAGGCUGGUUACUUCACAAUGUCUCUCUUAGUUAAAAGAGGGUGUGAUGAAGUAUUUCAAGCGCUUGGAGAGAUUAUGAAGAUAUGGGGGAGAGUACCGUUCACUCCAGGACCUGCACCACCUCCUCUACAGGGGGAUGAUCAAGAGAGGCUGAAGAGGCAGCAAGAGCUCACUGCUCUCAACCUGUACCAGUUACAGCAGCUCCAAUAUCAAUACCUCCUCAGGCAGCAGUAUGCUCAGGCCCUGGCCCAGCAGAAAGCUGCAGCUCUCAGCUCAGCUCCUCUUCAACAGCAGCAGCAACACCAACAGCAGAUCAACCUGCUUCUACAGCAAUACCAGGCUCUCAAGCUAAGAGCAUCUGAGAGCCUCCUACCUCCUGUUACCCGGUCCCUGUCUGUACCAGACUCUGGUUCUGUGUGGGAAAUGCAGAACCCGUCCUCUCAGGCUUCUUGCACGCCAAAUGUCCAACAAGCUGCUCAAAACACGUGGGAUGGUAGCAGCGUGUGGGAUUUGCCUAUAGACUCCAUGGCACAGGCGCCAACCAUCGAGCAGAUGCAACAGUUAGAGAAGACAAAGUCUGCAAAGUUGGAGUUGGAGAGGCGUGAGGCAGAAAUGAGAGCCAAAAGGGAGGAAGAGGAGAGGAAACGACUGGAGGAGGCCCUGAGGGCUCGACAGGAGGAGGAACGCAAACGUUUGGAAGAAGAGGAGCUGGCACGACAAAAACAGGAGGAGGCAUUAAGACGACAGCGAGAGCAAGAGGAGGCACAGCGCAGACAAAAAGAGGAAGAGGAGAGACUGGCACAAGAGGAAGCUCUGCGCAGAUUAGAGGAGAGGCGGAGGGAAGAGGAGGAGAGAAAGAAACGGGAAGAGUUCCUUCGCAAACAGGAAGAGGAGCGCAGAAAGCAGGAGGAACUCGAAGUAUUGAGGAGGCGUGAGGAGGAGAAGCGAGCGGAGGAAGAAGCUGCAGCUGCUGCAGCAGCAGCUGCGCUGGCCCAACAGCAACUGGAGGAGCAGAAGAGGAGAGAGCAGGAGGCCCAAAGACAGCAGGAGCUGCAGAGACAGAGGCAGCAGCAACAAGAGGCUCUCAGGAGACUUCAGCAACAGCAGCAACAGCAGCAGCAGCUCGCACAGAUGAAGCUUCCAUCCUCCUCAAAGUGGGGCCAGCAGUCGGUCAACGCUAUAAACCAGCCUCAGAGCGCCCUGUCACUGGCUGAGAUCCAGAAACUGGAAGAGGAGAGAGAACGACAGACGCGGGAGGAGCAGCGACGUCAGCAGCAGGAGCUCCUGAAGCUGCAGCAGCAGCAGGCCUUGCAACUAGCUCAGCAGCCCCAGGCCAAGCUGUCUGGUUGGGGCAGUGUGGCCAAACAGCCAGCUGCUACCAAAUCUUUGCUGGAGAUUCAAAGGGAAGAAGCGCAGCAGAUGAAACAGCGGAAGGAGCAGCAUCAGCAGCAGCAACAGCAGCAGCAAACACACCCUAUUGUCACCCAACAGAUCCGCACUCAAAACAGAACUGUACGUGCCCUACGUGAUACCGUGUCUUAUCAGCUAGAGGAGGAUAAAAUCUACGUAGAGCUGCAGGGCUGGACGCCAUCUCUGAGUAACUCAGUGUGGGGAUCUGUGAACACCAGCACCUGCACCAACUGGGGCUCAGACUCCAGCAGUAUCUGGGGUGACACCCACAACUCCAACAUGGGCUUCUGGGAUGAGGCUGUGAAGGAAGCUGUCCAGCAGCCUCCUCCAACCAAGAAAGGCAACAUGCAGAAGAACAACAAAGGCAACGCCAACCUCAGUAAUUCUGUGAGUGGGCGGGCCAAUAAGAAAGUAGAAGAGGAGGAGAAGCUGCUGAAGUUGUUUCAAGGGGUCAAUAAGAGCCAGCAGGACACCUUCAUGCAAUGGUGUGAGCAAACCCUGCACACCCUCAACACGGCCAACAAUCUGGAUGUUCCAACGUUUGCAUCCUUCCUGAAAGAAGUGGACUCUCCGUACGAGGUGCACGACUAUGUCAGAGCCUAUCUGGGGGACACUCCCGAGGCUAAGGACUUUGCCAAGCAGUUCCUGGAACGUCGUGCCAAACAGAACGCUAACCAACAAAAACCGGCUCCGCAGAACCAACAGCAAGUCCUCAAGCAGCAGCAGCAGCAGCAGCAGCAGGAUUCUGUAUGGGGUGGAACAGGAUCUUCGCCACUCUACCAGUCCAACCAUACGAGCGGCCAGCAGCAGCGCUUUGAGACCGUCACCUCAGGGAAGAAGAAAAAGAAGCAAAAGAUGGUCCGUGCAGACCCCAGCCUUCUAGGUUUUUCUGUGAAUGCGUCAUCUGAGAGAUUGAACAUGGGAGAGAUUGAGACUUUGGAGGACUUUUAAGGGACUGCAGCCAAGCAAACCCCACUGACUGUAUCCGAUUUGAACAGCAGCUGAUUUACCCGACCCCCCUGCCACGGCCCCUCCAACUGCUUCCACAACUUUCACUUUUAUUUUCAGUUUCCCAUUCAUCAGACAUACUCUGGUAAUCCCUCAUGAACUCCAAAUUGUGAACAAACAGCGAUCUCUGAGGCAGGGUGUGUUUUCCUGUUGCUUAUGGACCCAUAAUCUGCUGAAAACUUUGCGAGGAAUGGACUGGACCAAACUGGCCAGUGAAACAUCCGACCAGCCAAGAGAGCUAUCGCCAUACGAACUCAAGUUUGGAGAAAGUCUGCAGAGAUGUCGAUGCUGCUCGGUCCCGAUCGUGUCCUGUUGUAGAAAUUUGCAGUGACAACAAAUUUCAAAUUUGGCCUCCAUUGUAUGGGUUUCUUUUAAGUGUGGAUAUAUGGGUGGGGUGGUGGGGGUAUAAUGGGAAAGGUUAGAGAGAUUAUAUCCAUUGUUUUUGUUUUAUUUAUUGAAAGUUUUCCCCUUACACUUUACCCCCCCCCCCC